AUUUGUUGUCAGAUUUCUGGAUCUUAGAGGUCCAAAAUCAAGUUACUGGCAAUACUGUGCUCCCUCUGAAGGCUCUAGGGAAGAAUCUUUUCUUGCGUCUACUUUCCUUGGUGUCCUGGGCUUCUAGCUGUAUCACUCUUACCUCUGCCUCCAUCUUCACAGGACUUUCUCUGUGUCUCUGUGUGUCCUUUUUCGUCUCUUAUAAGGACACUCUCAUUGCAUUUAGGGCCCACCCUAAUCCAGUAGGAUUUCUUCUCAAUCCUUAAUUAAUCUGCAAAAACCGUACUUCCAAGUGAGGUCAUAUUCUGAAGUUCUGAAUCGACUUGAAUUUGGGGUAGGACACUAUUGAACCCAGCACAGUCACUAUGCCUAGAGAAUACUUUACUUUUAAAGCUGCUGUCUGUUUACACUGGGGCGUAGGCAGGACUGUGAUGAUUAUCUCAGUUCAGCAAAGUGCAUUUUACAUGAGAAUUUUAGGAGUCUAUAGGCAAAACGGUAAUCACGGAUUUCAUUCUUAAGAGCUGGCAGCUGCAAGAAGAGCGGCUGCAGCUACGUCGUGUACAAGAGGAGAUGCGUGAGAUGCAGGAAAAGACGGAUGAAUGGAGAGUUUGAAGAAUGAGUUAAGGAACCAAGAACUAACGUUGGAACGUAUAGAAAUGGAGAAGCUAGACUUGGCUCAGAAGCUCCAUGAAAAUUAUGAGGAAAUGAAAUCCAUAACCAAAGAAAGAAAUGAUCUAAAGGAAUUACAGGAAUCAUUUGAAAUAGAGAGAGAGAAACUUAAAGGAUACGUAAGAGAAAUCGAAGUUACAGGUCUAGAAACAAAAGAACUAAAAAUUGCUCGCGUGCAUCUUAAAGAACAACAAGAAACUAUUGACGAACUAAGAAAAAACAUUUCUGAGAAGACAGCUCAAAUAAUAAACAUUCAGAAGGACUUAGAUAAAUCCAAUACUGAAUUACAAGAAAAGAUCCCACUGCUUCGUGAGGAACAGGAGCUACUGCCUAACGUGAAAGACAUCAGUGAUACUCGGGGAACAGUGGAUGAAGUGGAGCUAUUGGAAAAACAAUCCAAAACCAAGGAUUCAAUGACACCGGCACGCAUAGAAAGGAUCAAGUUGACUGAAAAAGUUCCAGACAGUCAUGAAGAAACAAAGUAUCUAACUGAGGAAAGAGACAGCCUUCAAACGAUAAAAGAAGCAGUUCAGGUUGGACAAGACCAACUGCAAGAAGACANCGCAAGAAGACAUUAG